GCGAGCUGCGACCCCGAUCUUUGAUCCAUCUGCACCGAUCACGAGGCACGCCGCUCCCCCUCGUCAUCUCCCAUUGCGCGGGUCGCCGGAGGGGGAAAGCAGCGGCCAGCGGUCCUCUUCCCACUCUCCGCCUCUCCCCCCGCUAGAUCUCGAGGCUUCUAGAAGCUUCUGCCGACGUUAGUGUGCUGUCCAGAUCUCGAACCUUCUAGAAGCCUCCACGGGCCGCGGCCCUCCCCGCCUCCUCCAGAUCCCGGAGGACGCGAGCGGGGGAUCCACGGGACCUUCGACUUGGAGCACCUGCUGCCAGGGAUGCCGGUGAGUUGCUCGCAAUUGUAUCACUACUAGUACAUGGGCUCAGUGAAUGGCUGUGGCUUCGCUCGGCUGCGUGCUAACUCGUGAUCCCAACUUUUGGCGGCGUGGCGUCUCUCUCCUGCUUAGUGAUGCCACUUAGUGAGCGCUUGUGCUAAUCUUCUUCGAGUAAAUUGAUCAUGGCUGAUUUGUAAUGUCUCAACCAUGUUUUUCCUUCUCAUCUUGCCGGAGCAUACAAGAACCACUGCAUUUUAAACCUCAAGAGCCUAAAGUAGUCGUGGCGGAGAACGAGAACGACAAGAUGGUUGAUGUUCAGGACAAGGAGGUCACCAUGGAAGGCCUCUGCUCUGUGGCCGCUUACGAUCAGUGGACGCCUCUCUCAGUCCCAGGACAGCGCCCGAAACCUCGAUACAAGCACGGAGCUGCCGUAGUUCAGGAAAAAAUGUAUGUCUUUGGUGGAAACCACAAUGGCCGUUACCUUGGUGACAUUCAGGUUCUGGAUUUCAAAAGUUUGUCAUGGUCAAAGCUAGAAGCUAAAGUUCAAUCAGAAUCAGCUGAACCAGCUUCUGUUGCUCCAUGUGCUGGUCAUUCACUGAUUCCAUCCGGAAACAAGAUUCUCUCACUUGCAGGACACACCAGGGAGCAUACAGAGAGUCUCAGUGUAAAGGAGUUUGAUCCGCAAACCUGCACUUGGUCAAUUUUGCGUACUUAUGGGAAGUCACCGAGCUCACGUGGUGGUCAAUCAGUAACUCGUGUUGGGGACACUUUAGUUGUGUUUGGAGGUGAAGGUGGUGGGAGGUCUCUUCUGAAUGACCUGCACGUUCUUGAUCUUGAAACCAUGACUUGGGAUGAAUUUGAGAGCACAGGCACUACUCCUUCUCCAAGGUCAGAGCAUGCUGCUGCAUGCUAUGCGGACUGGUAUCUCUUGAUAUUUGGUGGGGGAUCUCAUUCUACAUGUUUCAGUGAUCUAUAUCUCCUUGACAUGCAAACAAUGGAAUGGUCAAGACCAGAGCAGCACGGUAUAAUUCCAGAACCAAGAGCAGGGCAUGCAGGCGUGACGGUUGGGGAUAACUGGGUUAUCACUGGUGGUGGUAAUAGUAAGAAAGGUGUUCCAGAAACGCUUGUGCUUAACAUGUCUACUUUGGUAUGGUCGGUUGUUACUAGUUUUGAAGGCCGUGCACCCCCUACAAGUGAGGGAUCGAGCUUAGUACUUCACACAAUUAAUGGAGAAGAUUUUCUGUUGUCAUUUGGAGGAUACAGUGGACGUUACAGCAACGAGGUUUAUGCUCUGAAGACAAGUCUCAGACCAAGUGUGUCAUCUUCACGAAUAGAUGAACUGGAGACAAAUGGCAUGACCCCAUUAUCUGCAGAAGUAAAUUCUAGCAGGGAACCUAUAUUCGAAAUUGAAGAACUUCGAGAUGACAAGAAUAAGGGAGGAGAUAUCAGCAAAACCUUGGUGCAAGCAGUAAAGCGUGAGAAGAACCAGGUAGAAGAAAGACUUGAACAGGAAAAGCUGCAGAGCUUCAACCUGAAGAAGGAACUAGCUGAUGUGGAGAACAAAAAUGCGGAGCUUACUAAGGAACUCCAGUCGGUCCGUGAUCAACUCUCAGACGAAGCAGCGAGGGCUUCCAAACUCGAGGAUGAAGUUUCAGAGAUUCAACAACGGCUGCAGAAAAUGGAAACCCUUGAAAAGGAGUUCGAAUUGCUUCGGAGUGAAAGGGGUGGCGGGUCUGACGAAUCAGGUUCAGGCAGCAACAAGAGGCCCAGCAGCGUGGGCUUCCGGAGGUGGUAUGGAGAUGACGAGCGCUGAAGCGGGGACUCUUCUCUAGGAUCGCAUUCUUUCGUUUUUGGUCGGUUUCUGAUCAUAUAUAUUUUUCGGUUAAUCCAGUACUGAGGCUUAUAUGAAAAGCUUGAAAAUCAUUUUGUAAAGGAAAAGACUGAAAGUAUUUUUUUUUACCAAGAUCAAAUGCCAGAGCCUCAGAAACUUGAAAGUGUUACAUUCUGUGGAGUAUAUUUUUUCUGAGUUAUA